CUCUUUAAGAGCAUCAAAUACAUUAUCCAAGUCACUGUUCCUCUCCUCCCAGUAAUUGUAGCCAUAGCCUUUUCAUGCCUAUAUGUAUACUUGUCUCUACCUAUAUAUAUGUCAACCUGUGUCUUCUACUCUUUCAACCAUCAUAUUGAAUGGUGAUCAGUAGUGGUUGCAACCAUGCCAGGAAUUGGAUGAUUGGAAGGAUCGCAUAAGCCCCGUGUUCUUGGUGUUGCAGUUCAGUCUAUUUGCAGUCUUCUUGCUCUUUUGCCUUGUUGGACUGGGAAGGGAGAGGGUCAUGGAGUGGGAUCCCAAGCUCCCCACGUGGGGUUUGGCAGAGCUGGAGCAAACUGCUGAAGCCAAGAUGGGCGCCAUGGCAGGGCCGAGCUGCUCGGUCGACCUGAAGCUUGGGGGCGGCUCAGGUGAUGCCGGACCACCUGAGCAAUGGAGAAACCAACCUCGGUCGACGACGACGAUGGCCUGCAGUCCAUCCAAGCGGGCUCGAGCACCGAGCAUGGCAAGCCAGACCGCGUCGUGCUUGGUCGACGGGUGCAGGGCCGAUCUCAGCAGCUGCAAGGAGUACCACAGACGCCACAAGGUGUGCGAGCUGCACUCCAAGACUCCGGUUGUGGUGGUGGGUGGCGUCGAGCAGCGCUUCUGUCAGCAGUGCAGCAGGUUUCACUUGCUGGCGGAGUUUGAUGAGGAGAAACGAAGCUGCAGGAAGCGUUUGGAUGGACACAACAGACGCAGAAGAAAGCCUCAAUCUGAGUCGAUUAAUUCUCCCACUCUGCUUCCACUUUAUCAAGAAACCAUGCAUGCAGGGACGAGGUUCUCAACAUAUCCUCACGUAUCUCAGAUUCUUCCCACACAGCCCAGCUGGGCUGGAAUCAUCAAGACGGAGGAAGAUGCAUUGUACACACAUGGCCACCAUUGUUUUCCCCCUGGAUCCUUCUCCAACAUCUACAAACAAGACAAAGCUGCCUACGGCAGAACAGCAAUGGAGACCGCCUCUGCAGCAGAAAGUAGCAGCAGGAUCUUCUCCGAUGGAUUAACCCAAGUUCUCGACUCCGAUUGUGCUCUCUCUCUUCUGUCAUCACCAACUCAGACCUCAACCAUAAACGUCGGCCGGAUGCUAUCCGCUGGUGUGGUUGCAGUGGGAGAGCCUCUUGUUUCGAGCCUCCAGUACUCGGGGUUCUCAUGUUCACGGGUUGAGGACGAUCAAACAGGUGGAGUUCUGAUCUCUGAUGCUGAUGCUGAUACGGAUGCUGAUCUCCACUGCCAGGACAUUUUUCAUGUGGGAGGUGAAGGGUCUUCGGAUGUGGCCUCCCAUUCUCUUCCUUUUUCUUGGCAAUAGCAGUCCAGCGUGAGUCGUUUGUAGUCAUCUCAUGUUCUUCACAUUGCAGUUCUUGUUCACUGCUCAAACACAUUAUGCCGGUCUUCCAAACUUGCAACAGAUUAAAAGACAUGUUUACUCUUGUUUGUUUCUUAUCAGUGACUAGUUGACGACCUGUAGAUGUUAGGAGUGGCACAGAUUGCUCGGCUUUGAAGAUUGUACAUGUUUAUGUAAAUUAUUCUGAAGAUUUAAUGUUGAAAUCUAUCAUUUUA